UCCACAAUACCCACCGAUACAUCAAGUGAAGGAUCGAUUACUCCCCUGUUGGCAAGGGAGCCAGGCCUGAAAAAGAACGCAAGCUAUCGGAUUCAUAUGUAUCUCACAUUCGUGAAGAAUGCACUUGGAGAAAGACGAAAGGGGAAGAAUGGUCCUUACGAAGAACUUGUUACGCAGUUCUCCACGGCCUCCAAGCCGGGCCCGACGACUUCUCUCGAACAACUGCGUUCCUGGCUCGACGCCCUCUCCCAUGUUGUCUCCCAGCUCGACAAACUGUACUCAUCUCUGGUUGAUUCGGUCUUAAAUUUGCCAUGGAGCACUGCAGACGAACUGUUUGUGAAGAGCUACAUCGCUUUUGUUGGCCUACUCGUUAGCGCUCGCCCGGAGUAUCUGGGCAAUGUGCUGGAGAGGAAUGUCAAGGGGUUCACUUAUAACUCUGGACUGAAGGUGGUGGAAAAUUUGGCAACUAAUGGCGCCACUUCACCAAUGAAGCGAGGAACUGUAUAUGAUCGACAACAUGCACUUACAUUCCACUUACUCUCUUUGAUCCCGACAUUACCUGCUACGAUAUUCCCCGUACUAUCAAAGCAUUUCCCUCAUAAGCGGGAGCCAAAACACGCCCAAGUAACUUACAUCCGCAACCUCCUCCGUAUCAGCGCCUACUGUUCCCAGAUUUCCGGGCGUAUAAUGGGACUUGUUGUAGAACGAGCGGUCCUGAUCGACGUCGAGGUGCAGAUCGCGUACGAGGAUCUCGAAGGCGCGAACGACACGGACGCGGACGGCAUUUUCGAGCUGGAUCCUUUCGACCUGGUAGUCGGUGAAAAUCCUCCCGAAGAAGAACAGCCAGAAGGAGAGCAGGACGAAGAAAUCGAUCUGAGUGAUAUCUCCUCUGAGGGUGGGCCAGACCUAGAUCUUGGCAAGGAAGAAGUCACACAAGAGAGUGUCAAGCACGCAGCAAUUCAUUCGAUGGUUACAAAACUGGAUGCGAUCCUCAAGCUCUUAUUCCAAUACUUCGAAAGGGUUGGAUUCCCAGAUCUGACCAUCCCUCAAUCCCGUUCUGGCACGUCGACUCCGACAACACCGGCCGGCGAAGACCCGGUCUUCCUCAGUCCUGAAGCGCGCCAACGGCUGCUUCAGGGUCAAUUCCUGCACCUCCUACACAUCUUCGACCGUACGAUCCUCCCUACAUCACGCACACGUUACACCCAGUUCCUCCUUUUCUACCUCACCUCCCUCGACGCAUCCUUUGCAGAUCUCUUUCAAGGACUACUGCUCCAGAAGGCCCUCUUUGAUGCCGAUACGAACGCUGUGGUACGCCUCGCGAGCGUGAGCUAUGUUGCGGGCUUCGUGAGUCGAGCCAAUUGCGUCAACAGAGACAACACACGGCGCGUCGUCAGCCUGCUGUGUGAGUAUCUCAGCCGGCGGCUAGACUUGGAGGAGGAUCGUACGGACACCAGAGGAGAAAGGUUCUACGCCAUCGCCCAAGGUAUCAUGAUCAUCUUCUGCUUUCGCUGGCGGGAUCUCCAAGAGCGUGACACUGCUGAAGACUCCUCCGACACCGAGGACGAAGAGAGCGCCGUCGGGCCUAUCCGCACAACAGGUCUCUGGAUGCCCGAGCUAAGCGUGAUGCAGCGCGCUGUCACCUCGCCGCUCAACCCACUCAAGUACUGCGCCAAACACGUCGUCCAUCAAUUUGCGGCUGUGGCGAAGCACACCGGCUUCCUGUACUGUCACUCUAUCAUCGAGGCAAACCGCCGUGCAGGGCUGCUUUAUUCGUCAGCAGUGUGGAACGAGGGGUCGCCGACGUCUGCUACUCCUACAAGAACGAGUUCAGUUCGCUCGUUGGCUAGGGAGGAACCGCCUGAGAUGGACAGCUUCUUCCCCUUUGACCCGUACACUCUUCCAGCCACAGAAGGCUAUAUCGAGAGCCUGUACCGUACCUGGGCGCAAGCCAAACCGGAAGGGUUUGACGAUGACGACACGGACAGCGAGAGCGAAGACGAGGAUGAAGAAGACGAAGAGCCGACAAGUGAUCCUACGAAUAAGACUCGGUUCCUGGGCUCGGGCUCCUUGGGUGGGGUGUCCAUGGUGAGCGGGAGCUGGAAAUCGGACAGCGCUGCGAGCGAGGUGGAGGCGGCGGCGGAGCAGUUAGGCAGGAGUUUUGGUGGGUUGAGCAUUAGCCCUGUGACGCCGUACAUGGGACCCCGACCUCAGUAGAUUGCGCAGAUAUUUCGGAAGGUGUCGUAGAAUUCUU